AUGAUGGAUGCCAAAUACCGACGCGAGACGAAGGAUGAGCGAGAAUAUGGUGGCCUCAUCGGCUACAUCAAGUACCUCAUCCGCAAACCCCUCGACAUCGUCCUGUCCACGACAGCCAUACGCGCAUACCUCACCACCUUCCUCGUCAUCUCCUCCGGCCUGCUGCUGUUCGGCUUCGCCGUGCUGGCGUACAGCUUCUUCUACUGGAACUACAUCCCUCGCAUUGGCUUCGAGCGGACAAUCCACUUGCAGUUCGACAACGUAUACCACAGUGCCGAUAGCAGACAUGACCAAGCUGCGAACCCAUACGGAAGCGUCACCCUCUCGCCAGAUCUUGUCAGCCUGCAGAAAUACGAUGUAGCCGUGGAGCUGGAAAUGCCGCGUACACCAGAGAACCGCGAUGCAGGCAACUUCAUGCUCGAGGCAACAAUGUACGCGGCUGGGACAAUAGUGGAUCCAGUGAAGGACAGCAUCGUGCCGGGAGCUGCAGAAGAAGACAACCGACUCGCAAGAUCGCGACGGCCGGCCAUACUACCAUAUCGCUCGAUCGCGGUUGAGUACCUCUACCGGCUGACGGAGCUUCACUGGUAUAUUCUUGGCUUCCGAAGCGAAGCAGACAAGAUGCGGAUUACGAUGUGGGAAGAUGUCGAGUUUCCCAGAGGGUGGCGCAACGUGCCCUCGUCAAUGCGACUCGACAUUCAAAGCACGCAUAGGAUGCAGAUCUACUCCGCCAAGGCACUUUUCAAGGCUCGCUUUACUGGGUUGAGAUGGCUAAUGUACAAUCAUCGCAUCAUCAGUGCUGCAGUCUUCAUCACGGGUUUCUGGACUACGGAGAUGGUGUUUGCAGGACUGGUCUGGGCUGCCCUUUCCUUCUACCUGCGGGCACCUCCUCAACCUUCCGGAGCCAAAGCAGAGGGAUCAGACAUUGCUCGUAUCAAGGCCGAGGACGAUGAGGAUGCCAUACCUCAGCUCUCCGAUACAGAGCGCACUUUCCCGACCCCCAGCAAGCAAGCGCCAUUACGCUACCAAAGCCCGAAGAUCAAGCAGGAAGAAGACGAUGAUACUCUGAUUGUUCCGGAAGCAGCAAUUAGAGCGAUAGAAGCAGACGAUGAGGACGAAGACGCAGACGUGUUCCUGGACUCUGGCAUUGGGACCAGCAUGGAGAGCAGUGCCAACCGUAGGGACAGUAUGCGGAAGCGGAGAGGAAGAUCUCGGCCAGACGAUGACGAUAUGAAGUGA